CAAAGCCGUGUUGUCUUUGGCAGGUCGGCUCAAAACUGGAGUAGACUUCCCUUAGUCGACCACCAAGAUGCUGUUUUUCCUGCUAAGCACGUACUUAACGUUGACAGAUGUUUUGAUGGUACACUAAAGAGCAAUGCAAAUACGAUUUCAGAUGAGACCGAACUCUUCCAGUCUUCUAACGGCGGUCUGACUCUUUAUCAAUCAGAGAUAAAAGCCUGCUCGGAGGAGGCAACUUUAAAGCCGUUUUUCUUAUCGUAGGAAAACAUGAACAAAUGCAGAAAGAAAACAGCACGACGUUUCUGGAGAACUUGAAAAAAUAACCCGCACAAUAAGUCAUAACACAACACGAGAUACCAUGUGAAGGAGAUAUCAACUGUUCCAGUUACUCGCUAUAUUAUUGGCUCUUGCGGUGUCAAAGCAUCGAAUUAUGACGUGAGUUCAAAGUGGUUGGCUAUAACGUGUACAGGGUACUGUAUACAUCCCCUCAUCGUAUGUCCUGUAUGAAUAGGGUUCUGGAUGUUGAGUAAAUCGUGAUGUGUACAGUUUAGCUUGCAUCGGGUAAAACCCUGUGAACAACAGCUAUACGGAAUUCAUUUCCGAACAUAUCUUCAGAUGUAAUUAUCCGCUCGCUUCAUUGAGUUCUGCUGGAGUGUCUCGAUUCGGAACGUGGAUGAAAAAAUGUCCAUUUAAUUUACCCAUCUCGGUGUCUUUCUGGCGCCCUUCAAGAGUUGGUUUGAAAAGCCAAUACUUGUAUAUGCGUGAGUAAACAAUUUCAUUAGAAACGACUUGUUGGUGAAGUGUUUUCUGCAUUAGGGACUAUUUCUUCGGAUGGAUUCCAUCACUGUGCAGACACCUGUGAACAUCAUGGCCGAAACGAACGCCAGCAGCGGGGUCGGGUUCGCCUUGCCGCCGGGCGCACCCUUGGAGGCAACCCUCCUGUCCUUGGCGACAAUCAUGACCGUCUUCGGCAACUUCGGGACCCUCGCUGCCUUCGUGUCCGACCCGAGUCUCCACCAGAAGCCGAGUAACUUACUCCUGGUCAGUUUGUCCGUAGCUGACCUCCUGAUGGGUCUCAUCGUGCUGCCCCUACGGGUAGUGGAGACUGCCUUGGGGUACUGGCCCCUGAAGGAAGAGCUGUGUAUGGUGGAGGUUUUCUUCGCUGAUAUCGCCCUGACUGUGGCGAUCUUCACGGUGACGGCAAUCAGUGUUGAUCGAUACCUCCUCGUAGCUAAAGACUACUCCAGAUACGUCGCCCUCCAGUCCCUCACCACGGUCCGUAUUACCAUUUGUUCCAUCUGGGUUCUGGUUUUACUAAGUGCGUUGUUAGAGAUGAUCUUGUGGUGGACCGACGCGCUACAGAAUCGAGCCAUAGUCAACUUCGACUUUAUCUGCUUACCGCCGGUGAAGCUUGAUGAAAGGUUCCUGUACUGCAUUUUCAUCUUCGGAUUCUUCAUCCCUCUUCUUAUCAUACUGUUCUGCAGCAUCGGGUUCAUGCACCAUCUACGUAAGAGACUGAAGGGAAAGAUUCAUGCAAACGGAGACUUCGGCAACACCGAGAUGUCUGCAUCAGCGGCGUCUACGGCUGGCAGACCCCGCAAAACGGCUUGGACAACGGUCACUGCAUCGCCUCCACGAGGGUCAGUUGUUAACAAUGCCCUGGCAGCCCCUCCACCGGUGAAUGACGGAGCGAGUACCACCUCUGCAGCCAACGGGCAGGAGACGCGUGAGACACGGCGUAAAUUGACCGUCAAGAAUCGCUACCUUAAGCCAGCAAUCACGAUGGCAGCACUGCUGGCAGUAUUUACUGCGUGUACGUUACCGUAUCUAGUCAUAGCUGCUAUCAUCACGCCCAUCUGCACAUAUUGUAUCCCGUACGCCACUCGCGUCCAUGUUGCUAAUUUGAUGUUUGCCAAUUCAUGCAUUAAUCCUAUUCUAUACGCGGUUACUCAGAAUAAGAUUCGACAGUUUUAUCGCACCCACGUGUUUUCCUUCUGCCUUAAGAGACGAAGAUAAACCAACAACUAUACGACGCUAGGUGGCAGCACACUUGACAUUUUUCGUCAUUCUGAGCACGCGCAAACUUCUAAGAACAAAGAGUUCACCAGGGGCCUUUUCAAAAGUUCGGCUUGGGCGCCGGCUCUGGGCUCUAAUCGAUGUUGGAUACACCUGCAAAAUGUACAGUGUUUCCACGAGUGAUGACAUAGUCCAAGCCCGAAGCCUGAACCCACAAGCCAAGUUUCGGUAAAGGCCCUUGGUAGACCGUAUCUGAAUUUGGAUGCUGCGGCUAGGGCUAGGGCUACGGCUAGGACACCGCGUCACCAUACGUCAAGUGUAUAGAACCUCCUUAAAAACACCCGAAGCAACAGUCGUAGCCGUAGUUGUAGUCGCCAAUUCGGAAGACUCCUGCUAACUAUACCCAAAUAUGAUGGAACUUCUACAGGUAAAUUAUACUACCAUUCACAGUGAGUGGCCCAAAACAAAAAAGGUGUCAAACCAUUAAACCACCACUACUCCUCACACACAAUAAUAAGUCCACAUCCCCAAUCAUCUACAAUUAAUAUUAUUGUCUAUAUAAGCGAUUAGUAUAGAGCCUAAUGAUAUCAUAAAAUAAUUAUCUUCACCUGAGUUUAACAAACCAUUAGAUUACAAAUGCAAAUAAGUUAUUUAAAUGCCCGAAGCGAAAACUAAAAACCAACAACUCAAUACAUUGGCUUUUUAACUCUUAAAGGCAGUGGACACUAUUGGUAAUUACUCAAAAUAAUUAUUAUCAUAAAACCUUUCUUGAU